AUGGAUAAAGGUAGGUCGUCUAGAGAGGUUAAGCACAUAAGCGCAUAUGAAUUCUCGGUUCCUCUCUUUGUUGCGAGAGAGCUAAUCGAACUCACCCUUCCUCACAAAAGUCAAAGGUCUUACAGAGCCUGGUGGAUCAUCUUUUGGUACGUCUGGAAAAUAUUCAUCAAGCAAUGGAGGAGAAAAAAAGUAAGCUUUGCCAGUAGUAAGGCUUUCUCCUUUCGAGCCAGACUAUCUCAACAAGGGGAGAGUUUCAUCGGGUGCUGUUCCCAAAGAUGGAGGAAGGAACGACACAGACUCCGACUCCUUAUCACCUACGCCCGACUGACUGUAUUCCUCUUCCCCGACUCAGUCAACAGAAAAGGCUACCGACCGGCUUUCAAGCAACUCCCUCACAGUAGGAUUGCAUCAACCGCCCUGAAAAGGCUAGCCGAGUGGCCCUACGGCUCCUGGCAACUAAGAGCAUCUUCAAACCUUGUAGUCAAGUCUCACCACCCCGGAGCAUAUAGAUCGACCCGAAAGAUGAAGACUGAAAGCGAACUCUACUGCUACUGCUCUUUCAACAAAAGCCUAAUCCACCAAGAUGCUCAAGAAGGGAGAGACGUCCAGGGACUUAGCGACCUGUGGGAGCUUUCUUAUAGAAAGAAGAUAGCAUUAUUUAAAGAAGGAAGAAAGCAAAGAAAAAGAAGGCGCAAGGUAAACCUAUUAGUAGCUCCUAGCCUUCCUCUAGUUCAAGAGUUAAGGGGCGUAGUGAAAGAAAGUUUGUGGAGAAAGAUAUCCUUCAAAGAUAUUCCACCCAGCAAGACAGUCACACCUUCUGAAGCUGAAGCAGUAGAGUCCUCACCCGGUGAGCAAUGCGCCGUGGUAAGAAAAGAAGAAGAAGAAGAAAGCGCGCCUAGAACCAACAAAAAAGUCAAAAUGCGAGCGGCCCAACGGGGCGAUAAUAAAGCGCGAACCAACAUCCGUGAUACGAAAACAAAAAUCAGAAUUAGGAAAAAAAGAAUGCCGGGGGACAAGCCGGAAAUCCAUUCGGAUCCCUCUAUGAGGAUUCUCCAAAAGCAGCGAGUUUUUUUUCCCAACGAAAAGCCUUCUUUUGAGAACGUGAACAUGAGCGCAGAGAGGCUACCAGGACACGACCUUUCGCACAAUGGAAAUGGUACUACUGUGUCCCUAAGGGCCCCGUCUUCCUUUUCAGAGAGAACUGAAUUAGAACAUCUUUCUCUAUGA